GCAGCAAAGUUGCAGGCCAGUAGUCGGGACUCCGGGACUCGGUUGCGCUCGUAUGCGAUGAAAGAGGUUCGAAAGCACGAGGCGAGUCAGUAGAUGGUCGAGGGGAAUCGAGCGAGGUCGUGCUCCGUUUCCGUAAUUCUUUCACUCUUUUUACUUGAAUCUGAACUUUGUCGAUUGUUGUUUACGAGUCGUGCUUGGAUCGCAUUCGAUUUUUCAAGUGAUUUCUAAAACUCUUGUAACGGAGAAACAGAAAGUGUACGUGGUGGAAGAAAACAGGAUAAAAGAGGAAAAGGAAACCUUGUCCGUUACACGUGUACGGUGGUAUCCACCCCAUGAAGAAUAGUGUGUGAAAGUAGUAGUGGAUGUACGGUGAUCAAGAAUAGAAGAGGCUGUGUUUAGCACCACCCGUGACUAUUGCUGCUGACAAAAAUGACCCAUCGCGUGCUGGAAUCCAUCUCGGAGCUGUCCACAUUGAUGAAAGAUAUGGAUGCGAAAUACCUAUCUGUCGAGAUUUCCGGAAUAAUUCCAUCGGUUCUAACGAUUGCGAUCAAUCAUCUUCGAUGAAAAUCGUAACGUUAUACCUAAUAGAGAAACAUCGUUGUUCCGUCGAUCGGUAUCGUGCAUGGUGGGAGUUGCAAAGAGAACGAUAAUUAUUGUUAUGAACGGCGCCAGCCGUCCCCGAGAAAGAGAUCGACUAGUUUAGCAGCGCGGAGACACCCGGCUUCGAAAAGAAAAGGACAAACGCAAACUCCUCUACACUCUGGAGUCUAGAGUCUAGACGAUGGACAGAGAGAGAGAUAAAGUAUCGGUGGUGGGAUGACUGGUUCCGAAAAGGAUGCUGGUUUCUGCAGCGGAGGCGACGAGGACGACAUGUCUGGUCUCCACUCGCCGAGCGCCUCGGAGGAUAGCGUGGAGGUGCAGGUAACGCCUAUAUCCUUGAAGAACAAGAGGAAACUAGCCGAACCACGAAAGAUUCAGGAACCUAGUACGGCACCAUUGAAGAAGAGAAGAUUCGAGCAAAUCGAGGAAGAAAUCGUGCAGGACGAAGAGUCCAGAACUCUUCGAUCACCGAGUCCGUUCAGACCAUGGAACUGUUCCAGCAAAAGCAUCGAUUCGAAACUCUCGUCGUCGAUGAUAACUGAGAAGAACGGUGUGGAAAGACCGAGUGUGUUCUCCUUACUCUCGGAAGCACCACCGUUCUCCGUAACGUCUCUUACCUCGAAGCGAAUAAAUCGUGUAGACGACAGCGACAACAUCCUCGAGGAUGAUCGCGAACGCGGUCAGAAUUCAGAGAAUAACGAUGUUUGUGGAAAUUCCGAGGGAAACAAAGAGUCCCGAAGAAGACGAAACGAGUUACAGACAAACCGAGACCAUCUACCGCCAAGGUUGCGUCAUGCGACUCGUGAAAAAUUCGAUUCAUCGACAGUAACCAGCGUUACGGAAACAACCUCGACGGUCACCUCAACGUCUGUACUACGAUCCACGACGAUGCAUACGAGGUUGCAAGAAGAACCAUUGUCGCUCGUCCUGAGAGAAGACGUAACCAGCAGGGUGCCCUCGCAUCCAGCAAUAAACGGAAGUUACGAAAAACCUUGUUCGUACACCGUCGAACGACCAAACGUCUCGUCCGCUUUGUUAUCCUCUUCCUCCGCUUCCCUCUCUUCGUUAUCCUCCUUGUCAUCUUCCGCAUCGUCCUCGUCCUCGUCCUCGUCCUCUUCCUCUUCCUCUUCCUCGUCCUCGUCUUCAUCCUCAUCCUCGUCGUCGUCGUCGUCAUCAUUGUCUUCCUCUCUAUCAUCAUCCUCCUCGUCGUUUCAUCGUCAACCGAAUCAUCGAACCGACUCCUCCACUGGCAGUGGUUCCUUCUCAACGGCGAUGUCUACGACCGCAACCAUUACGACCACCGCCACUGCCACAACUACCACCACCACCACGAACAUCCAAACCGGUCACUCGAGGCAACAUCCAGUAGCGGGUCAACAGAGAAAUUACAAGAAUAUGACCCGAGAAAGGAGAAUAGAAGCGAACGCGAGAGAAAGAACGAGAGUGCAUACGAUAAGCGCCGCGUUCGACACUCUCAGACGAGCCAUUCCUGCUUAUUCUCAUAAUCAAAAGUUAUCAAAGUUGUCCGUUUUGAGAAUCGCCUGCAGUUACAUUAUGACUCUUGGUAAAAUCGUGAACCCUACCGUGGAAAACGAGCCGACCAAUGGUACUUCACUGAGGGCCUGCGUCGAUCUCGUUUCCAGGACCAUCCAAACCGAAGGCAAACUGCGAAAGAGAAAAGAAGACUGAGUGAGAAUUACGAUCCGCGCAACCAAUUAUGUACCAUUUUUCGUAACCCACCGACCCUCGCCUCGAAUCGUUUACCUUUUACGCAUUUAAUUUUUCUACUUUUUCUCUCUUUCGAUCGUUUGCGGGAAAUUUGAGGCGGAAUAGCGAAUACAAAUUUGCCAAAACUCUCGUCGUCCAACAAAUAAAAUAUAAAAUGUAAAAUGUAAAACGUACAAUUCGCAAGAAUUUCAUCGCGAACAGAAAAAUCUUUCCAAACUGUUCGCUCUAUUUCGAUUCUGUACAUCGAUCGAACACGAUCUAAUUGUAACCCUUCGAUGUUGCGUAAAGUCGAAGCGUGCUUCUGCUAUCUCUCAUGAUUCGAAUAAAUAAAAUUCGACAGACGAACGUAGA